AUGUGCAUAGUGCGACAAAGCCCUGGGUUGAAGUUCGUUAAAGGUGAUCAUAGAUAUGGAUUUCACCAUACGCUCUCGGCUUCAACAACGCAAAAUAGGAAAACUUUCUUAGCUUCGUUGUUCAAUCUAGAACUUGCGAUUUCAUUUAAUGGCAAAAUUGCCUAAUCGAUGUUUGUCGAGAGGCAAAAAAAUUAUUUGCGCAACGAGGGAAUAGUCGGGUUCUAAAAGUCUUACACACACAAACAAGCUUGGGAGUCUAAAAGGUCUUAAGAUGUAAACGUGUCAUCAAUCAUCAUAAACCAACAUUAAAAGCUGAUAAUUAAUUUUGUUAAUCAAACACCGAGCUCUUGAGUGGAGUUCGUCGAUGCGGACAGGGGGAGAUGCCUUCGAGGGUGAUCCAUGUAUCUUCAGCACCGGAGACGGACGGGUAUCCGAGAAUGGCCUUCACGGACCCCGAGAAGGGGAUCUAUACCACAGAGGUGGGGACAGCAGGGCCCCUCCCAUUUAAAGGGUUACCUCCUUACAAGGAUAAGGUAACAUGGAUUGCUGUUGUUGCCAAGGGUGUGCCCGAUACUGUCAGUGUUUCUGGGUUGAAAUAUCUCUUCAAUGGACGCGAGAACAGGACGAGAAGGAUGGUAUGGUCUUGGGUUAUUAGUAUAGCCCUCGGCGUGAUGACCUAUCAAGUGUUUGAUCGAUGCGUCUAUUACUCCAACUACCCCAAGAGUGUCGACGUCGAGAUCAACUACGUCAGCAACCUUACUUUCCCGUCGGUGGCCAUUUGUAACUAUAAUUCCUUCAGGAGGACGCCACUCGAGGCAGUUCCGGAGUAUCGAGCACUGCUUACCGAUAUUUAUCAGAACCAUGGCUACUUCACAAACUUUACAAAGUUCUAUGAGAGCGGACUCGUGAACUUAAGUACCACAGAUUUACACGUCGAUCUGGCCCAUAAAAUCGAAGAUUCAUUUGUAUACGGUUUCUGGGGUACCGAACUCCUGUCUCCAGCCAACUUUUCAUUCGAUAUUUUCGACUUCGGAGUCUGCUUCACAUUCAAUACGGGCAAAGAUGGCAGCGAUUUACUCAUGGUAGAAACAUCGGGCAAACUCCACGGACUUGGGAUAAUACUGGAUGCGCAACAAUGGGACUAUUUUUAUUCGAGCGAUUUCCACCGGGUUUCAAGCGGCUUUCAAGUGAUGGUCUACGACCGGAAUGAGGUCCCGUUAGUCUCAGAGUUGGGCUUCGCUGUAGGACCAGGAACCGAGAACUUAGUUGGCCUGGAAAUAACAGAGGUGAAUAAUCUACCACCACCUCACGGAGUUUGUGGCAAGAAACAUCUGAAAUAUUACGACCAUUACUCUACAUCAGGAUGUCGUCAAGAAUGUCAUACUGACUUUGUAAUUGAUAGAUGUGGAUGCAAAGAGCCUUAUAUGCCAGGUAACUCAUCUGUAUGUAACCCAGUGGAGCUAUAUGACUGUGCGGCAUCGGCUACAGUCGACUUCAUCAAGAAUGCCAGUAGUGAGUGCGAAUGUCCGGUUCCUUGUCACAGCGUCACAUACGAGCCCGUGGUCACAACGGCUGGUUUUCCGUCACACUUUUGGGCCCAAACGCUGGCCCAAAUCUACCAGAGAGAAUAUAACGUAUCUCUUUCUUCAGAUUACUUCAGCGAAAAUAUGUUGUUUAUAAACCUCUUCUUCAAAGAGCUGAGCAUUGAGAAGAUCACACAGCAGAAAGCUUAUACAUUCUUCAGUCUUCUUUGUGAUAUAGGAGGCUCAAUGGGACUAUGGCUAGGUGGGAGUAUUCUCACCUUCUUCGAACUCUUCGAUCUCUUGAGCAACUCAACUUAUUUCUACUACACAAGAUUAGCGCGGCGAAAGUAAUAAAUCAGUAAUUUACAUAAAGCUGGAGCUUACUGUUUUUUUUUCCAAUAAUACCGACCACAGGAACCCAAACUCAGUCAAUUAAAUUUAAUAUUCGUUUUCACGCUGUUUUUGUUACAACAAUUUAAAAAAAAAACUAACAGCUUAAAAAUGCUGUUGAUGUGCUUAGAAAGUUUCAACAAUAUUGUUCUAAAGUUUAGACAAUAAUUUUUACAGUGACGUGCUUACAGAGUUAAACCGUGUUUGUGUCUACAGUGCAUAUAAAAUAUGUGCAAAGUUACAUCUAAUUCUUGUUGAAGGACAGUCAUUAAAGCAAUUGCUGAUCUUCGGUACAUUUUGGUUGAUUACUAUCAUAACUAUAUUAUUUCCCUUUCAAAACCACCUGAUGACGAGAAUUUAAGAAUGCAAGAUCAUGGAUCUCGUCAAGAAAACUUUGUUAUGUCGAGAUUAUGAAGACAAGAUCAUGGAUCCCUCUCUCGCAAGACAACUUCGUUAUGUCGAGAAUUUAUGAAGACAUGAUCAUGGAUCUCGAUCGUCAACACGGACAGAUUCAUUUUUUGUUAAGAAUGUAAGGACAUAAGAUAAUGGAUUUCGUCAAGAUAACUUAACUAUGUCGAUAAUUUAAGGGGAUAAGAUCUUGGAUCUCAUCGAGACAACUUAAUAUGGCAAGAAGCGAAAAGACAAUUAAGAUCGUCGAUUCCCGUGCAGACUUCGUCGAGACGGGAAGACAAUAAAGAUAUUUACCGGGUCUCGUCUACUCAAAGUUGUUCGGACAAGAAGACAUGAUUCCAAAUAUUUUCUUGCCAUUUUGUCAUAACAUUGGAAAGAGCUCAUUGUGUCACACUGUGUGUGCCUGGUUGUGUUCACAGUGUGGAACACUAUGUGAAUCACUUCACACUGUUACUUUUAAGCUAUUCUACAGUGUUAGUCACAUGAUAGUCGACCAUGUGAACACGCUGUGAAUGGUCACAGUCUCGAAGUGUCCACAGUGUGAACAUUUUCACACUGUUGAAUUUGAGGAAAAUAACAGUAUGAAUACAUAGUCCACUAUGUAAACACACUGAGAUCACUUUGUGUGACACCGUGUUCUGUCCAAUAGGAUGACGAGAGACAGGUUUUUUCGUAAUCAUUUUCUAACAAAAAUCGACCAUACCAUUACAAUAAUUAUUAAAUCCAGUCUUGUCCAUUUUCGUGGUGGUCAUGGCGCUAAUUCGGGCUAAAUUUGAACUUUCAUAUACUAAACGUCACAUUUCAAUGUUAUGUUUUAAAUUAAAUUAGUUUUGGAGUUGUUUGAAAAUAUAUAUAUUUGAUCAUUUUGUGUUCUGUUGUACAUGGAUCAAGUCCUUCAAGCCAAUUAUAAUAUCAAAUCUAAAUUGAACAGAACAUUUACCUUCAGUUGAGAGAAAUAAUGCUAAAUGGAGAUUUUCAAAAUGAUUUUUGUUCCCGUUUUGGUAUGACGUUAAUGUUCAUGUUCUGAACUUAAUAAGCAUGAUGGUAAAAUAUUCGGUAUUUUUGUUUAUAUUUAUAGAAUCAAUGUUAAGAACCAUUCGUAUGGUGUUGCACAUUGUUAUAAAUGAAGUGCUUAUUUAGCACUUAGAGUGCUUGUUCAGUGACUGCACUACGAGUGCUGAUUUUCUA